GUGCCACGCGCCGAGUUCACAUGGAGAAGUCCUACGAGCAGGCUGUCGACAUUGCCCUAUCACAUGUGCUGUGGUUCUGCGAUGGCACCUCGCUGUGUGCAGUGCUGCACGUGAACAAGAGCUGGAGGAGGACUUUCUGUUGCCUGAACGGGGCGCACCAGAGCCUCUUCCAGGGUGCCUGCCUUCAACGGUGGCCUUGGCUUCAGAGUUCCCUCGCGUGGCCAUGUUGCGGCCACCACCUCUGGCAGCACUACCUUGGCAGCUGGAAGGCGCUGUGCUGCGACGCCAACCGCGCCAACGCCGUGUGCACCCUGGAGCUGGUCGUCCCGAUCGGUGGCGCGGACGCGCCGUGCGUGCGUGGCCCGUGGGUGCCCGUGCCGGGCAGGAAUCUGCUCCUGCGCAUCAACGCGUACCCCAUUGGAAACAGGCGCAUGACCACGUCGCACCUGAGCGCGUACCUGGAGGUGCAGGGCCUGGCCAAGCAGGCCGAGUCGCACGUGUCGCUGGACGACUUCACCUUCGUCCUGCAGCACCCGGCGCGCCCGGCGCGGGAGGUCUCCUGGUCCUCGGGCCCGGUGCGCUUCCUGGAGCUGCCCUCAGGCAGCGGCCGCACGGACUGGGGCUGCCACGAGCUCAUCCCCAUCGAGGGCAUUUCCCUGGACGACGUCCGGGGACAGCGGAGCGAGGUGGUCCUCAGGGCGCACGUCGCCCUCCAGGAGGCCCUCGUGGACGAGGGUGGUGGGGACUGA